GUCCCAAUGCCUCUCUGGAUAAAUCAGGAUAGACCCCCUGGGCAUUCUUGGAUAAUCCCAGUGAUUGCGUGAUCGUCAUAUCAGUGAUCAUCUGCUCUUCAUUUUCUCUGCAUUUUCCGGUAUUUCCCAACUGUGUCAGGAUGGCAACUGUUACAAGACUACUUGUGGGGCGCGUUGGCACCCUCGCCAAAGCCACCACUGCUUCCCAUCUUCGUAUGUUUGCCUCUGCACCGUCAUUUGAAUUCAUUAAGACUGAGAAGAAGGGGGAGAACAGCAAUGUUGGCCUCAUCACACUGAAUCGCCCCAAAGCCCUCAAUGCUCUGUGCAAUGGGUUGAUGACGGAAGUGAGUCAGGCACUGGAUGCCUUUGAGGCGGACAAAUCCAUUGGGGCCAUUGUCAUCACGGGGAGUGAGAAAGCCUUCGCUGCUGGAGCAGAUAUCAAGGAGAUGCAGAACAACACGUACGCCGGAUGCAUCCUGGGCAACUUCCUGCAGGACUGGACACGCGUUGCACGUACACAGAAGCCCGUGAUUGCAGCUGUGAAUGGGUACGCCCUGGGUGGUGGCUGUGAGCUUGCCAUGAUGUGUGACAUCAUCUAUGCGGGGGAUAAGGCCAAAUUCGGACAGCCGGAGAUUGCAAUUGGCACCAUCCCAGGGGCUGGUGGCUCCCAGCGCCUAACACGUGUUGUUGGCAAGUCCAAGGCAAUGGAGAUGUGCCUCACGGGAGACAUGAUUACGGCCCAGGAGGCGCACAGCAUGAACCUCGUGAGUAAAGUUGUCCCAGCCGAUAAGCUCGUUGAUGAGGCCGUGAAGCUGGGUGAGAAGAUCAGCAAACACUCCCCCCUCAUCGUGGCACUGUGCAAGGAAGCCGUGAAUACAGCGUACGAGACAACACUGGCUGAGGGACUCAAAUUCGAACGUCGUCACUUCCAUGCCACCUUCAGCACCAAGGAUCGCAAGGAGGGGAUGACUGCCUUCGUUGAGAAGCGCCCCCCAGUCUUCACAAGCGAAUAAUUCGCAGAAAAAUAUAUUUCAUACAAACCGGAAAUGUGCAUUUAUACAACAAUUUUGUAACAAAUUAUACAAUUUAUUUGUUUGGAUAGAA